ACAGAUUAGCGAAAUCCAAUCCAAGAACUACUCAGCUUCUUUCCUCACACUACUUGAAAAAAUAUCUAGACAAGUGGAAGAUUCGGGGUCUCAACGGCAAACCCGAGGAAGAAGAAAGUGCGCGAAUGAAAAACUAAUCACUCCAUUUUAGGGUCAGCUUUUUUUUUGUUCUCAUUUUCGUCUGCUUGAAGUAUUUUGACAUAAAACAUCUGGCAGGACAAUUUUGGACUGACUGCGCCAAAAGAAGACUAAAGUCGCGGUCUCAUCUCCAGUAUGCAGGCGUAGUUUGGUGAGGUCGGAUCGUUUCGGUGGAGUUAUUAACAAAGAAUCGGGAUUUAGUGAAUUAUGGAGUCUCAGCAGUUCUAGAAGUGGUUGUGAAAAAUCUGUGAUCAUGAGGCUCAAGCUUUUCUGGCUUGUCCAGCUGUUCCUGGCUGUUGCUCUAGCACAGGACAUCUUCGGCAUAGGCGAAUACGAGGAGGGUCCCUGCGGUCGCUGGAAGCCCGGUGACGUCGAUCUUCGUUCGUUCGACCUCAUCCGCGAAUUUCACCUGGACCGGCUGGAGGCCAACAGCCGCCAUGUGUACAGCAUCGAGGGAACCAACUCGUACCAGACGGCUUACCGGCUGGAGAAUGAAGCCAAUCUGACGAUGAGAUCGAUCGAUGCCUUUCCUCGGGGCUUGCCGCACCAGUUUUCGCUAGAGUGCACCUACCGGACGGAGCGGGAACCGGUUUCGUCGUGGCACUUGUUCGAGGUCGCUAACGAGCACCACGAUAGUCAGCUGGCCAUUACGAUGAACCCGGGUCGGCAGACGUUAGAAAUUGGCUUGCCGGGGCUGGAGGGAGAACUGCAGAUCGUUGAGUAUCACCACACUGCUCUGUUUGAUCAACGCUGGCACAAGAUCAUGCUGGGGGUGACGGAAGAUUACUUGAACCUGUGGGUAGACUGUCAACCGGUUAAGGAUGUGGAUGGGAACUUGAACGCUCCAUUGGAACCACGAGGACGGUUUGACAUCGCGAAUGGAUUUGUGUCGAUAUCGAGGUAUGCAGAAACUACGGUCAGUGAACCGGAAUCGCCGAUCGUGGAUCUCCAGUGGAUGGUCAUGAACUGUGAUCCAACGAGACCUGCUCGGGGAACCUGCGAUGAGCUACCGGUGUACGAUGUGGCGCACGUUUCGGCGAACUUGCCGUACGGCCAGGAACCCAAAGAGUGUAACCAGAUUUGUCCACCGGGGUAUAACGGAACGGACGGUGCUCCAGGGCUUCCAGGCGUUUCUGGUGAAAAAGGAUCCAAGGGAGAACCUGGAGUCAACGGAAGACGAGGAGCUUCUGUCAAGGGAGAGCGAGGCGCUGUGGGUCCUGCUGGACAGAAGGGGGAACCCGGAGUAGCAGCCACAGCAGGAGUUGCGGUGAUUGGUCCACCCGGGUUACCUGGACCACAAGGGCCACCAGGCGCUGGCAUCAAAGGGGAAAAGGGAGAACGAGGAUCUGAUGGAUUGCCAGGGUUACAGGGAGAGUCCGUUCAGGGUCAAUCCGGAGAGCGUGGCCUUCCAGGUCUGCAAGGCCCCCCAGGAGUUGGGUUACGAGGUGAAAAGGGAAAUCAAGGUGAUAGAGGGCUACCUGGCCGGGAUGGUGCGUCAUUCCCAGGCAGCAAAGGUGAAAAGGGAGAACCGGGUGAAAUCAUCCAAACUGCAGGUUCCCGGGGUGAAAAGGGUGACAAAGGUGACACUGGGCCGCGUGGUUUAACCGGCAUUCAAGGCAUCCCUGGUGCUCCCGGAGCAAUGGGUCCCCCCGGACCUCCAGCGGCAGCUGAUGCGUACGCCACGGGAAAUCUUGGAAUUUCCGUCCCUGGGCCUCGAGGUUUUCCCGGCCAGAUGGGACCUCCAGGGCCACCAGGCCCGCCGGGACCUGUGUCGGAAGCAGUUUCCACGGGUGCUGGACGGUAUUUUGAAAACUUUAUGUCAUAUGGUCAUCGAGGUCCAGUAGGAUAUACAGGGUUGCCUGGGGAACGCGGUGCUGGUGGUGAUCGAGGGCCGGAAGGUGGCGUUGGGAUUCAGGGACCCCCCGGCUUAGACGGGGCACCCGGGAUACAAGGAAUACCAGGGAAUACAGGACAACCCGGGGCGCCAGGUCUCCCCGGGCUUCCGGGCCGUAGCUACACCGAAUCCGAGGUACGCGACAUCUGCGCCGCAGUGCUGCGCGAUCAACUGGCUGAGCUUACGGAGGGUUUGAUUGGACCACCUGGUCCUCCGGGAGAAUUCGGUAAAACCGGUAAACCGGGAAUACCGGGAAAACCAGGCACUCAAGGUGAUCGAGGGUACCCAGGAUCUCCCGGAGAAAGAGGAUUUCCCGGGGAGCCUGGGAAGCCGGGGCCGAUUGGAGCGCCCGGGGAGCGCGGCGAGCCUGGGCUUGAAGGUAGACCUGGUCACGAUGGCUUUGGGCGAGAUGGAUCUCCAGGGUUGCCUGGACCUGAGGGACCUCCAGGAAAAGACAUUCCAGGACCACCGGGGAGACCAGGAGAAAGGGGAGAGCCGGGCAAAUCAGGUACGGUUGGUCUACGAGGUCCUCCGGGUGUUCCUGGAGCUUGUCCAAAUGAUUGUUAUUUGGCAGCAGCUGCAGCUGCUCAAAGUUUGCGCACCAAUCAGCAAACCAAAGGACCUAAUUAUUGAACCCUAAAUAAUGUUUAGAUAUUGUGUUCCACUUGUCAAGUUU